UUGCUCCCGAGUCGCUCUUGCUUUUGCGUCCUGGUGGUUGAGGGCCCGGAGCCGGGGCCCGGAGUGAGUACAGAACAUGGGGGCCUCCAGAGAGCAGCUAGGAUCCCUGCACGGAGACGGAGGAACCAGCAGCUCGCAGUGUGAGGGUCUGCUGUCCCGAGUGGCUCAUCUGGAAAACCUUCUACACACCCUGAAACUGAAAGUGUUCCGUAUAGAGACGGAGAAAGAGCUCGGCCCGUCUAAUACAGCUCGUCUGCAGGUACAGCUGGAGGUUCUGCAGGAACAGUGUGAGGUGGAGCUGCGCUCCUCACAAAGGGAAGCGUCACGUCUAAGGACUCGACUGCAGCAGGAGCAGCUGCACUCGUCACACUGCACUCAGGUACACACAGGUACACACACACACCCACACACACCUCCAUGUGUCCUGAGUGUUUCCACGUACUUUACGAUGAUCUUAUGGAUCAUCUUCAUCCCGAAGUUGCUUGUGAAGUCUAUAAACGCUGCUGUUGCUGCAGAAGAGCUGAAGAGGCUCAAAGUUCAGAUGAGCCAAAAACUCCAGCAGAUGAAGGAGGAGCUGGAGCAGGAGAGCGCCGCCCGUCUGGAGGCCGAGCAGUCCCACGAUACACUGCUGCAGACGCUGAGAGAGACGGAGACGGCGCUGGAGAAGGAACAGGAACAGGUUAAAGCUCUCGAGGCUGAAUGUGAUGCUCUGCAUGCUGAGGAACAGGACCUGAAGGAGGACGUCCAGGAGAAAGUUGGGAUUAUUCAGGUCCUGCAGAACAAGUGUCAGCAGCUCAGACAGAGAUCAGGAGACGAGGACGCUCUCAUAUCCAAGCUGACCAACGAGCUGAAGGGUACCAGGGUAUCUGUGCAGAAGGAGCAGCAGGAGAACGAGACGUUAAUCAGCGUCGGAGAGGAACUACGGGCGGCUGCAGAUAAAGUUCAGGGUUUAUACGAUGACUCUGAGGCCCGGUGUUCUGAUCUGAGUUCAGCUCUUCGCUCCCUCACCGAGGAGAACAUGCGGCUGCAGGAGCUUCUGAAGGUGGAACAGGAGCGCGUGGCUCAGCGUCUGAAGGACCAGGAUGUGCAGUUAGACAUAGCCAAGGGAAACAUGCUGAGUGAACUGCAGGCGGCACUAGCAGACAGACUCCUGCAGAGGAAGGAAAUAGAGACACUAUGGAAAGAUCACACCCACCUGCAGCGGAGUUCAGCCGCGGCCCUGGAGGCGGCCGUCAGUCACCAGGAACUUCUGGAACGAACCACCGUGAAGCUACGAGAGGAUCUGAGCAACACAGUUACAGAGAGAGACACCGUACAACAAGAGAAGGAGGAGGUACAACCACUUCACAUCUACAAAACACAAGAGUUACACCCCCUGCUGGUCCUGAUCAAAGUCCCCCAGGUCUUUAUGCUGAUCAGAUCUGCUGCGUUCCAACACAGGAACAUCUAACGGAUCUGGAGCAGAAUCUGGUUCUCACUCGUUUCUCGUUUCUUCUUUUCUGUCUCGACCUGCCAGCUGAAGAAAGCACUCGGCGACGCUCUCGCCAGGUCACAUGACCUCUCACGAGCCAAUGAGAAGCUGCGGCACAGAGUGCAGGAGCUGGAGGAGCUGGCGAUCAAUCAGAGAGCUCGAAUUAAAGCUCAGAAGGUUCAGCUAAAGCAGCGGCUGUGAAACAAGCUGGUCAGGGUCACAGCGGGUCGGGUUCCACCAGGGAAACACUGGACACGAGGCAGGAACAGUGACCAUCACAGGCCUUCAGACCAGUCACGAACUAUAUAAAUCUCUGGCCUGGUGUUCUUUCUACCCAAACCAGAGGGUAAUAAAGGGGGGUGACAAAGGGGCGUCUUUAUUCUAACCCUUCACCCUCCAGCGCAGGUUGAAUAGGCCGGUAUGAAAGAUUUAUUUGCUUAGAUUUGUAUUUGUAAAUGUUGAUCGUUAAAUUAUUGUCAGAAUGUUUAAGGGUAGUCGUAGCCUAGUAGGUAAGGUACUGGACUAGUAAUCAAAAGGUCGCUGGUUCAAGCCCCACCACUGCCAAAUUGCUACUGUUGGGCCCCUGAGCUAGGCCCUUAACCCUCAAUUGCUUAGACAGUAUACUGUAAGUCACUUUGGACAAAAGCGUCUCCUAGAUGCUGAAAAUGUAAAUGUGUUGUGUAGAAAACUCUGAAAUCAUGUUCAUGUUAAUCACUGUGUUUGAAAUGUAUGAAAUAAAAAAUUUAUUUUAAAA